UGCACAGAUUUACACAGUAUAUGCCUAAUAAACCCAACAAAUUUGGCAUCAAAUUCUGGCUUGCAUCAGAUGUUAGUAGUAAAUAUGUUUUGAAUGGUUUUCCUUAUUUGGGAAAAGUUGAACAACGAUCAUCGUCAAUGCUUCUCAGUGAACACGUUGUUCUGAAACUUGUCGAGCCAUAUACAAGCUGUGAAAGAAAUAUUACGACCGAUAACUUUUUCACUAGUAUGUCACUCGUGACAAAAUUAUUAGCCAAAAAAACAACUCUAGUUGGAACUAUUAGAGGAAACAAAAGAGAACUACCAAAAGCAACCAAACAAACGAAGGAUAACAUGCCUCGUUUUUCUACUCUGCUAUAUAAAUCAGAGAAUUGUGUUCUUACAAUAUAUAAAAGCAAUCCAAAUAAAAGAGUAGCUGUUCUAAGUUCUAAGCAUAAAUUUGUGAAAAUUGAUAAAAGUAAUAAAAAAAUGUUACCGGAAUCUAUUCAAUUUUAUAACAGCACAAAAUUUGAAGUUGAUAUAGCGGGUCAAAUGGCCAGAAAAUAUACAGUAAGAGCUAGUUCUCGUAGAUGGCCCACCCAAAUAUUUUUCAAUAUUUUAGAUUUGGCUGCUAUAAAUGCUUGAAUCCUUUACAAAGAAACGAUAGGAAUACAAAUACAACGAAAAGAGUUCUUGUUUCAAUUAGCAGAACAGCUUUCCACCAAAUACAGAGCUGCAAGACAGUAACAAAAAAUACCAGAUCUUUUGGAUUUUUUUAUUACUAAUGGAAUCUGCAACUCAUGCUUGCAUGUAGAAUCUAAUCAAGAUUUAUCGUCGGACCACACUUCCUAAUAAACUACAAAAAAGUUCUCGGGUUACAUAAUUCUAAAACUAAUUGGGAUUGUUACCGGAACUACCCCUAAAUUAAAAUAUAAACUUAAAUAUAAAUUUAAAAAAACCCACGCUCAGCUAGAGAAAUCCACUAUUAACUUUAUUUGCACUCUUCAACAGGCAGCUAAACACGCCAUAUCGCGUAUAAUCACUAAUAAUCCUGUAGCACAUGUUCCAAUUGAAAUGCCGAGCCAUCUGAUGAUAAAAAUUCAGUCGUCUAAAAUUCUAAAUCGAAAAAUAGUAAACAUAGCAAUGAUAUCUAGUUGGAUUGAAUCUGUGAAAGAUGACCCUUGUUAGCGUAGAGAGAGAAUAGAUGUACUGCAAAAUAUGUGAAAAACAGAUUCAGUGUUACAGAAGAUUGCAAAUAAAACAUCAUUUAGACACAGGAGUAUAACAAGGAGUAUAACACAAGAAAAAUGUUACAGAAUGUAAUAAAAAUAUUGCUUAUAGUGCAAGAUUUUUGAAAAAAAUAUAUAAGUUAUACCAAAUGAAUCAACGUUUCGCAAAAAUUAUUUAGAGAAUUGCUAUCAUUUGACCGUUGAAAAAAUUCGGGAAGAUAUUGGCAACAAUUACAUGUGGAUUCUAGUGAAUGAGACGGCAGAUGUAACUGGUCGUUACAUAGCGAACUUAAUUGUGGGCAAGUUAUGCGAGAAUCAAGAAACCCUACCGUUAAACUGGAAACAGAUCAUGCAACUAUUGCACGUUUUGUGAAUACCGUUGUUUUGUAAAUACACAAUUUAAUGACUGAUAAUAUGGAAAAAGCCAUUGUAACGUACUGUAAUUUAAACUAUAAUAAAUAAAUUUUGUUGCAUACA